CGGUAUCCGCCCAUAUUCGCUUAAAGGAGGCCAACCUGAGCAGCUAGGCCGGACGCUGGAUCAAAUGGAAAGUUCAAUCGAUUAAUUUGCCCACUUUUUCGCAUGUUCCCGCUUGCUUCUGAUACGAGGUAGACCGACUUAAAUGCGGGCGUUUCGGUGUGAAAUAGGAAAUGCAGAGAUCGUGUGAAACGAGAGGAUUAUCAGCUUGACUUAUUUGGUCGCUCUUUCGGACGCGGAACUCCACUCGCUAAAAGGUGAAUCAUGACAGAAUAUAAGCUGGUAGUGGUGGGAGCUGGUGGCGUUGGCAAGAGCGCACUUACUAUUCAGCUCAUCCAGAAUCACUUUGUGGAUGAAUAUGACCCCACCAUUGAGGACUCCUACAGAAAGCAGGUAGUGAUCGACGGAGAGACAUGUCUGCUGGACAUCCUGGACACUGCAGGUCAGGAGGAGUACAGCGCCAUGAGGGAUCAGUACAUGAGGACAGGAGAGGGCUUCCUCUGUGUCUUUGCCAUCAACAACACCAAGUCCUUCGAGGACAUUCACCACUAUAGAGAACAGAUUAAGCGAGUGAAGGACUCUGAGGACGUCCCCAUGGUGUUGGUGGGGAACAAGUGUGACCUCCCGUCCAGGACAGUGGACACCAAGCAGGCUCAGGACUUAGCACGCAGCUACGGCAUUCCCUUUAUCGAGACCUCAGCCAAAACCAGACAGGGCGUUGAUGAUGCCUUUUACACAUUAGUGCGAGAAAUCCGGAAGCAUAAGGAGAAGAUGAGCAAGGAGGGCAAAAAGAAGAAAAAGAAGUCCAAGACAAAGUGUACACUUAUGUGAAUAAACACCCCUUUUCAAGACAGACUAAAAAAAAAAAGAACUAUGUUGAACAGUUAAAGUAAUACAUUUUGUACAUUACACUAAAUUAUUAGCCUCUUUCUCAAUACCCACCAUACUGAAUACUAAACCUGACCCCUUCUGUUUUUUCUGCCUUUCUAUUAUUUGCUAUUUGGACACCAAUAAGCUUUAUUUUCAGUUUAGUGCCAGUUGCCCACAUGUGUUGGUCCAACAGCCUGUUUGAUUUUUAUAGGAUGAUGGUGUUGAUUUGGAUAAUGUUUUAUAUAUACCUGCAGAGCUGUGAGCUAAUUACAUCACAACUCAUGUUUGACAAAUUAUUCAUUACCAACUUAAAGUCCCCCCCCCCUGCUUAAAAGGUCCUGCAAAAGUUCUGUAAUGCCCUUUUAAGUUUGGGAUGCCAAAGAAUGAGUUUUCAUCCCGAUCCUCGCAGAUAAAACGUAUGAAGAAAGGACCAACAUUCAGCCAGAUGAGAUCUAAAUGUCCCAGCCACUGUGUAAUUUCCCCAUCUCUAAUGACCUCUAGGUAGGACUUAGUUAUGUCACUGAUAUAAGAAUGCAUGCAAACUCCUACUCUUCUCCGAAUGUUUUAACACCCUAAUUAGCUAUUAAUUCAUUUGCAAUUUGUCAAUGCUUUGUACUGUGUGGGAAGUGAUUUCUUGCCUACAUGAGAUGUUUGUUUUUUUCUUUUUGCAUGCAUUGUGUCCUAGAUGACAUGCAAACUGCCUCUGGUUGAUACAUUUAACAGAUCCAGCAACAAGGAACUCUGACCCAAGUGGACAUCAUAUGGUCUUUUUUAUUUUAAGUUUCAUGUAAAGUAAUCAUUACUUGCUUAUGUGAGAAAGAAUUUGGACUUUUUUAACUUGAUUAAUGGCAAAUUCAGAGAUCCAGAUUCUUACGAGCAACCAUGUUUUUUUGUUGGCCCGAGUCAUUUUAUGUUGCAGGGAUUCAUGGCUUGUGACAAGCUAAUGUUAAACAGUAUGUUUGACGUUACUGGUCACAAAAGUCCUGCUUUUCUUUACUCUAAGACUUGACUGCAGGAUUGUUUUCAUUUAUCCCGAUAAGAAUCAUUUCACUGGUGUUCUCCUGUCAACAUCCUCCUGAUCGAGGUGUCAUAUUUAAACCAAAUGAAGACCCUCUAUCAGCUCAUUAUUCAAUGUUUGUAAGGUUUUUUAAAUUCAUCAUUCUUUAGUAGCUGGCCAUAGAGGUGUCAUGCCUUGCACAUUUUCCUAAGCUGUUGACUUGUUUCGCUUGUGACUGGCUAGAAAGCAGAAUGCAUUUUUAAGCAGCUUUCAGGAAUAUUUCUCUUGGUGUGGUGUCACAGAGGUUGUUCAAAAAUGUUGCCCAAAUGGAUUUUCAGAUUUGUUUCCUUUUGCGGAGCUUUUGAAAGAGUUUUUGGAUUAAUUCCCUAAAGUGUCGAAAUUGUUUGGUGGGCUGCCUUUCAACAGAAAUGAUUGUCCAGCAAAGUCAUUUGUCAUUUUCGCUCACAAAGCUUGUGUAUUGUGGUGGUGUAACUGGAACUGAUGUUUGUAAAUGAGGCAAUAAUUGCCAUCAAAUUGGUUUUUAGAGAAAAUUGUCUGAAUUUAUAAAAAAGAAAAGUCCUAGUUUAUUUCCCAGGUCAACCCGUUUUUCCAUCAUAUUUACAAGCUGCUCCCUUGGGGAUUCUUAUUUGCCUUUUAUGUUUGCAUUAGGUGCUACAUUUAGACGGUAGAAAGAGCCGAGACAACAUUGACUUUGUCCUGUGUGUGCUCAAGAAAUGCACAAAAUGCUGUUCUAGGGGCGCAGUGCUAUUGACACAGAAAAUCCAGACAUGAUACAUUUUGCUUUCAGGAUUAAUGAAUUUUGACCCAGUUUAUUAUUACCUCUUUUUCUCAUGAAGUAGAUAAUAACUGUUAAUGCAAUUUUAAUUAUGGAACCCUCUUGUUAACAAUACUGUUUCCAAAGUAGUUUUACUGAAAUGUUUGAAAUGUUCCUCUUCCUUUAUUGAGUGCCAACAGCUGAUUUCUGAAAUGUAUCAUUUAUACCUGGAUCAUAUUUUAACAACCUUUGUAUAGUUGUGAUACUGAAAGGUGCAUAUUUUGUAAAUUGUGCUUCAUUUCGUUGGUGUGUCUAAAUGAAUGUUGCUUUAAUGGAGUUUCACUCCGCUCUGUGUAUGUGAUUUAGAGUGUGUGACUGGGUCCAGGUCUAGGGAAGUGAAUGAAUGACCACUUUACAACAUACCUGUUGUGGGCAGUGUAGAGUGGUGAUCUGAUCUCAAAUGAGUCUAUUUUUUGCCAUGAAUCUCACCACUCCUAUUUAAUGUGUAAUAAAGAACAAAGUAAAGAGGAACAA